CCCGUCGAGCCUUCUCCAACCUUAUCUCAAAAACUCGGAAGCCAUGUCUGCCUCUGCGGCUUCUCUCACGCUCUCAGCCCUAACCCUCAAAACCCUAUCUCUUUCUAACCCUAAAAUCAAACUCUUUUCUCUCAAUCCUUCUUCCACUCGCCUUCUUUCAAAUCCUUCUUCCAUUUCUUCUGUUGUUCUUCGUUCUCAAAGGGUUUCUCCUCCCUUCUCCUCUCGCUUUGUUCGGAAUGUCGCCGUCUCAUCCGAUUACGACCAGGAAGAAGACACUCUUGAGGCCGAUGCAAACGAAGCUAGCUACGCUCCUGACCUCAAACUGUUCGUCGGAAAUCUUCCUUUCAGCGUCGACAGUGCUCAACUCGCCGGCUUGUUCGAAAGCGCCGGACAAGUUGAAAGGGUCGAGGUAAUUUAUGACAAGACGACGGGACGAAGCAGGGGAUUUGGUUUUGUCACAAUGUCGAGUGUUGAUGAGGUUGAAGCAGCUGCUCAACAAUUUAAUGGUUAUGAACUCGAUGGCAGAUCACUGAGGGUAAAUUAUGGACCCCCUCCACCGAGAAGGGAUGAUUCCUCUUUCAGAGGCUCCAGAAAUGCUUCAAGAUUCGAUAACCCCAAUCGUGUUCAUGUGAGCAACCUUGCUUGGGGUGUUGAUGAUCUUACGCUUGAGAACUUGUUUAGGGAACAUGGAAAUGUUGUGGAGGCAAAAGUAGUUUACGACCGUGAGAGCGGAAAAUCGAGGGGCUUUGGUUUCGUAACAUUUAAUUCAGCAGAGGAAGUUAACAAUGCCAUUCAGUCCUUGGAUGGAGCUGAGUUGAGUGGAAGACCCAUCCGAGUAACACAAGCCGAAGCAAGGCCGCCAAGGCGCCAGUUUUGAGUAUCAGUAGCUUUUAUUUAUAAAGAAUUAACGUGGUUUUUUGGGCUCUUACAGUAACCUUAUUUUUCUAAGGUAUGUUCUCCGAUAGUAAAUGGUGCCAAAUGAUUUAGUGUACUUUCUCUAUGAUCAAUGGUAUUUGAUUCUUUUUCCCUUCUGAAUUUGCAUUCAA